AUAUAUUCCUUUUUAAAAGGCCAUUUUCUUCUCAAGAAACAGUUCAACAAUUAAAAGAAAAACAUUAAUAAUAAAAAGCAGCAUGGCAAAUAAAAUUCAAUCUGCAUUUCUCAUCGCCGGCGUCAUUUGCUUGGUAUCUCUACUGAGCUUCGCCGACGCCGACGAUGUUCCCCACUUCAAGGUUGUCGGAACAGUGUAUUGCGACACAUGUCGCGCGAAAUUCGUGACCAGAGUCUCCGAAAGGAUGUCAGGUGCCAAGGUGAGAUUGGAGUGCUACAACGUCACCGGCGGAAAGUUGACGUACACCGCCGAUGGGGAAACCGACAGCAACGGCGUCUACAACAUCGACGCCGUGGGCGAACACGAGGAGGAAUUCUGCGGCGUCAAGCCGAUUAAGAGCAGCAAAGAGGACUGCACUGAGAUCAUCCAAGACGGGUGGGCAAAGGAAUUUACCAGAAUUACACUCACAACCAAGAACGGGAUGGUGGACAAGACCAGGAAUGUGAACCCAAUCUUGUACUUGAAGGACAAGCCCCUUCCAGUUUGCCCUGAGGUGUUUAAGGAAUUGCAUUACAUCCCUGGAGAAACCCAGCAUCCUUGAAGAUGAGCAAUGCAAUUCAAGGGGGGAAAAUGCUAACUUUAUUUAAUGGAAGUCUGAGGUUUAUGUUACAAAGAAGAAAAUAAUCUAGUAAUUAAUCAAUCGUGCUGUCUCAACUAGGGUUCUUGAAACGGAUUAUACAUUUACGUGCAUUAACAUGUAUAUACAGUAAUGUCGAUCGAGGCCUUAGUGUGUUUUCAAUAUAAUUGUCGCUUAUAUAUAAGAAAUAAAAGAAAUCUAUUAUUCGUAUAGUUUUCUUAAGGU